AUGGAAACAUAUUCAGUUCAGGAUAAUCGAAUAAAUGUUUUAUUCGAUCGUGCUUCUGAUAUUAAAAAAGAUCAACAAUUAAGAAUAGAAGCUUUAAUAUCAUUUCAACAAAUAAUAGAAAAUGAAAAACAUCUUUUUGAACCCGGCUUAUUCCAAAUAAUUUGUGGAUUUUUAAAAGAUUCAAUGCUUGAGAUCAGAGAAUGGACAAUAGAUUUUUUAGAAUUUACAUUCACUACAUCUG